AUGGGAUUUUUUAACCUUAAUACUUUACUUGGAGAGGUUGUUUUGGUAAAAGUAUGCUAUCCAACAUCGGAAACACCCAAUUUAACCCAAUUAAACCUUGGUGAUAAUUUAUCAAAGGUUCGUAAGGAAUUGGAAGUGCGUGGAUUCAUCAAUGACAAAUUGGCAUUUUCUCGAAAAGAUGUUGAAAUGUCCAAAGUAUCAAAUCCGGACGAGGAAACAAUUCGCCUAAAAGAAAUUAUAGACCAAAAUUGUAAAGAUUAUAUUUUAUAUUUAACUCAUUCAAAUUUGUGGGAAUAUUUGAAUGAAAAGCACAAAUUAGAUUAUGGUCGUACCAUAACUAAUGACGGUAUUAAAACCAAGGAUUAUAAAGUGUUUAUUAUGAAAGGCUGUGAUCUAUUCAACCUUGGCACUAAAGAAUUUAGAUCAGAUACUGUUGAAUACAAUUCAAUCGAAACUGAAGAUAGGUUGACAAAAUCGAAUUUUAACGUUAAUAGUACAUUCCAAAGUUUUAUAAAGUUGGGAUUAUCGGCUGAAAUAAUGAACAAAAACAAAUCAAAAUUGGAAACAAAUUCAACUUGUCAUUAUAGAAAUUAUGGCAAAUUCUCCUUGAAGAUUAACAUUAGAAAUCAUUUAAUACCAACUGAAGAAUUUCUUGAGAGAGUAAAUGACGCCAUAAAAUCAAAAAAUUCGAAAAGUUUUAUUCAAAUUAUUGAGGAUUUUGGUCAAUUCAUACCAACUGAAGUGAUUUUGGGUGGAAGAAUUUAUUUAAAAGAUUAUGGUAGUUCAACAGAAAAUUCUACAGAAAAAGCAAAUAAUGUUGCUAUGAAUUUGAGAGCUCCUAAUAUUGCGGAUGCUGGAGCAUCAAUAGGUACCAAUCAUACUAUAGGAAAUUCAAAGGAUUAUAAAUCAAAAUGUGUUGAAUUCAUCGGAGGCAAACUUGAAGGAAUUGAAAAUUUCGAUGAAAUAGCUUGGGUUAAGUCUUUAGAAGAUUAUAAAAAUUGGGAAUGUGUAGAAUUUCGAAAUCCUACCAAUAUCUUUCAACUGUUAUCUGACGACUUACAACGAAAAAUAUUUGUUUUGCUUGGGAAACAAAUUAUUUAUUCGAAAACGGAAACUUACAAUUAUUCGUUUGGCGAAAGUAAUAAACCGGCAAUAAUCGUAUUACGUGAUGUAAAUAUUUCAAAAACCCUUCAAAAUAAAGAUGCAGAUUGUAAUAUCUUUGCAACAGUUGUAGAUGAAGAAGAUACAAAUAAUGAAUGCUUUAAUUGUCAAAUCUUUUGGCCGCAAGAUGAUGAACCUAGACUUUUCAUUCAUUGUAUUCAAGAUAAAUUUAGAAAUCGUCCAUGUAAAUUGAAAAUCAGUUGGAUGGUUAUUGGCUAUGACGUAAAUUUUAAUUCUUUAGUUUCAGGUUUUGACGUUCAAUUGAAAGUUCUAAAACAUGAUUUUAAUACAACAAAUAAUCAACCUAUGAUGAAUAAGAUUUUACCUAUCAAAGGUGUUCCCCCUUGUAUGGGAAUUCCCGUAUUAAACAGAUUAGAUUCUCCAAAUGAUCAUUCCCUUAUAAUUGGUCAUCAUUUUUAUAAUGUUCAAGGCAGAAAUGCUUUAUGCGCAUUUGCUUAUUGUCUAAAAAACAAACGUUAUGUUAAUUUACCCGACUUUACAUUUUAUACACUUUUUUCUAAUGCUUAUGAAUCACUUGCUUUGAAAAUUAGAAAGCGUGACUUCAUAUUGAAUAGAAAUCCAUUUGCCAAUAUUGAAGAACUUACUUCAAAAUAUCCAAAUCCAACAUACGCUAGUUUGUAUCUACCAAAUAAUAAUAAUUAUUACCCAAUGUUCUUGAAUCAAAGAUGUAAACAGAUUCAAUUAGAAUAUGUUAAAUGUAGUUGUAAUAAAACUUGUUCUAUCUGUAAUAAGCAAUUUACAAAAAUAUCAUUACAUGACAAAAUCGAAUGCAUAUUUUUUAAUCCAAAUAGCAGUAAUAACCUACAAUUAAGUGCUUUGAAUAGUGAAUGGUUGGAUGAGAAAGUAUUGCAAAUUCCUGCUAGAAAAUAUUAUGGUAUCGCCCGAAUUAAUAUUAUCGAAGCUAAAGAUCUCAAACCUACCGACUUAUGGUUUGUUGGUAGUGACCCUGAUUCUUAUGUAAAAAUUACAAAUGCAUUUAGUGGUGUGGAAUAUGACAAAACUCGUAUUAUUUAUAAUUCAAUCAAACCAAAUUGGCAACAAGUGAUUUAUAUUCCAAUUAAUGAUCUUAAUGAGCAAUUCAUGUUGCAAGUUUAUAAUAAUAAUGCUUCCUUCAAACAUAAACUUUUGGGAUAUUAUGUUCUCGAUCUCAUGGACUUUAUGGAGGUUCGUAAUGGAAACAUUGAAGGAAAGCAUUUGGAUCUUGAGUGCAAUUUGACAUUAAAUGGAAAGCUUCAUUUUACUGCCGAUUUUUAUUCCUUUUCCGAAUUAGAAUCCGAACCUUCAAAUAUUAUUUCUAAAAAUACAAUCACCAUCAAUCAUUUAUACCUUUUGAUUACAUAUCAACGUCAAAAUGGUUGUUUUGAAAUAAAUGACGAUGUAGCAAGCUUGUUUAACUUUCCUUCCAAAGAAGAGCUUAUAAAAUCAUUUGCCGCUUUUGUACAGAAUGAUGAAGUAGUAAAAAAACUUCAUAUUGACGUUUGGGGUUCGGCAGUAAUUACAGCAUUCCUUAAAGCUUUAUUAUGUACUCACUGGCAAGAGUGGAGUACAGUUUACGAAAAAACAGAAACUUACUUGAGCGAAACUGUCACCAAUCCUGAAAUAAAAGAGAGGUUAUAUAGCUUGUCAAAUAAAUUUGUGAUUAAACACUUUAAAAUUGAAUCAAAGACUUCCGUCGAAACUGUAAAGAAGGUUAUCAGCACUCAAAAACAAGAUGGGUCUUUUGAUCUGCCCGAAGACGUCUGCAAACAAGUUGAUGUAACAAAUGAAUCCUUAAUUACCACCGUCAAAAACUACGCCGUCAGUGAAUCUCUGCAAAAAACUAUCUCGAAUCAAAGUUGGUGGUCAACAGCCUUGACAUUAAGUUAUCUAAAAACCUAUGCCUCGGCACAUGAAGAAACUUGGAAGGUGGUAUAUACGAAGGCAAGAAAAUACCUUCAUGAACAAGUAAAGGAUGACAAAUUAGAAGAAGAGAUUCAUAAAACCUGUUCAAAGAUUUUGAUACAAAAAACCACCGAAAAGGUUAAACAAAAUCACAGUCUUAUCACUGACCUCGAAUUGUGUAAUUCACAAAAAAAGAAAAUUAUGGAAGUACAAUCAUCCACCACUACAGAGAAAAUACAAUCCGUUAUCACCAAACAGACAGUGGAUGGUUCUUUCGAAUUAAGCAAAGAAGAUAAAUUGGAUGUGCCUUCUGACACCACCUUGGUAUCCAACAUUCAAACGUAUGCCUCCCAUGAAAAAAUGAAGAAGAAACCAGAGUCAACAAUUUGGUAUACACCCCCAAUAACAAUAAGAUACCUCAACGAAUCCCAGGAAAUUCAAUGGAAAGAUAAAUACCAACCUAAAAAGUAUAUUAGUAAGAAAUUAGGUGACGAAAUAUUAGAAGAAGAAAUCAUUAAAACGUCAGAUAAAAUCGUGAUCGAAAAGACGUCUCUACAAACAAAAGAAAAGAAUACCGAAAAGAGGGCAGCCUUAGCAACAAUUCAAUUAAUGACCAAUGAAGAAUUAACCAAAACCGUCAUUUCAACUCAAGACGAAAAAGAUGGAUCAUUUGGGUUAAGUGAAGUAAUUUGCAAAGAUCUUGACGUCUCCUCAGGAACCCUUACAACAAUAGCAAAGAAAUAUGUAACAAGCGAAAAAUUUAAAGAUAUUGAUAAUCCUAAAGUCUUUAAUACCGCUGUGACUAUUGCCUAUCUUCAAAUUACAUCACCCGCUUAUGAAAGCCAGUGGAAGGAUAAAUACGAAAAAGCUAGAAAGUAUAUCAAAGAACAAAUCAAUGAUGAGAUUUUGGAAGUGGAAUUAUUGAAAGCGUCACAAAAAUUAGUCGUUGAAAAAACAACUAAAAAAGUAAUUCGCGAAGAAAAGAAAAGCGAAAUAUCCGAUCAAAUCGUUGUUGAGCCUGCGACGAUGAAAAUAAUUAAAGAAAAAAAAACAAACCAAGUAGUUACCGUAACCAUAGAUGAGGUCGAUAAAGUUAACAAGACUCAAAAUAAUGAUGGCUCGUUUGAAGCUUCUGAGACAAUUACUGAAGGCCUUGUCAUAGCCCCCCAAAAAGACAUUAUUUAUAGCGAAAAAGUACUCUUGGAAUCAGAGGAGAAGUCGUUCCCAGAACCAGUUCAUGAGAAGCCAAAUAACAAUAGUGAACUAAGCACUGAACAGCAAAUGAUUCAACAGCUGAAAUUGAAUCAUGGCUUAUUCUUGGAUGAGUAUGGCAUACAACCAAGCAAACUGGCCAUUUUUAAGGAUGAUGGUAAAUUGAAUAUAAGUCCAUAUAACGAACAACCUAUAGUUUAUACGAAUAUAAAUGAUCCUAAUUCUACAACGAACCUUGAUUUUGCUUUACAAUCAUCUGAUGCAUGUAUUAAUUUUCCGAUCGCUGUUAUUGCCUAUAAUGGUGUUUUGUGUGAAUCUUUUGCGAAUGACGACGAAAAUUUAAAUGAAUCGUUUGGACACCUGUAUGCAAGAAAAGUUUCAGUCGGUGGUAAAUUAUUUAUCAAAGGAUUUAGCUCAGCUACUCCAACACAAAUCGACGUCAUAAAAUUUUAUUUAUCGUGUGUUUAUAAUUUAGCUAAACAUUAUAACACAUUUUCUCCACUCAAUAAUUUUUUUGUUUUUGACUUUCUAAGAAUGGAAACAUUGGAUGGAAAAGAAUUAGACACACCUGUAAAGUUGGCUGAAUGGAUGAGAGAUUUAUAUCAAAAUAACGACAUUGAUAUAAUUUCUUAUGAUAAUCUCAUUCCUAUUGCUCAAUUAAAACACGAAUUACUUUCAGAUGUUAACAUUGAAUCUUCUUCAAUAGAAAAGCAACCUGGAGUUGCUAAUUUUAAGGAGAAAUUAAGUUUUGAAGACUGGACUAGAAAUGUUAUGGACGUUAAUUUAGUAAGAUGGAUUAAAGAUUUUCCUCAAUGUCUAGUGAUUAAUAAAUCAUAUAAGUUGGAAUCGAGCAAAAAGUUUGCGGCUAAUUUCGUCAAAAUACCCAAUGUAAAAUUAAGCACUAAAUCUUAUUUGGAAGUAAUCAAGCCAACAACAAAGGUGGAAGAAGAAUUGAUAAUCAAUAAUAUUUUUUCAAUUAAAGAUUUAAGCCUUUCUCCAUUUGUUGAUAGGACGAUUGAGUCUGAUGAUUCAAGUUAUUAUGAAUAUAGUUUUCUCGUCAAACUUGAGAAAUAUGAAAUUCUUAUGAAUAGGGAUCAUGUUAAACCUUCGAUAGAAUUUGAAAAAGCUAUAAAUGAUGCACUUGAAAGUACGAAACCAUUUAAAGCUUUACAAGGAGUAUUUGAAGAGUAUGGUCAUUUGUUUGCUCAAAAAAUUAUUUUGGGAAAGAUUUUUAAAAGGAAUAUACCAAAUGCUACUUCUGGUAAAAUUGAUUUACAAUCGCCGAUAGUUGAAUCCUUAGAACCAUAUCUAAAUAGUCUAAAUAUUCCAUAUCUUUUGACGCAGCAAGGAAAUAUUAUUGAAAAAAAUGAUUUUUUUGAUUUGAUACAACAUUUAAACGAUUUAGAAAUUAUUGAAUUAGAUGAUAUCAUACCUCUCUAUAAAAUUCUUGAUGAACAGAUGCAAAGAAAAAUUGAUAUUAUAUUAGAUUCUAAUGACUGUAACUCUUCAUUGGAAAGUAUCUCUGUUUGA